AUGUCCAUCCUGCGGGCUAACCCGUCUCUACGGGAUACACGGUCAUAUUUCGCCUCAUUCGGCCCUCGUCCCAAACCUGCGCUUCGUCCGUCUGUUAUGCCCGUCGAGGAGCGUCUUCCCGCUCCGUCAGAAACAUAUGAAGCCGAGGAAGCUCGUCCGCCGGACAUCCACCAGCAGCCGCGGAGCCAUGUCGUUGCUUCCAUCCUCAAUCCCAUUCACCGUCGCACCGCUCUUGUCAAAUUGCAGACUCCAUUUACCGACCGCCAGCUAGAGAGCAUUGCAACAGGCAUGGUGUACCUCGAAAAGCUCGGCCUUGUGAGCGUCCUGGUCAUAGAGAAUGACCGGCUUCCCAAGGGCGAGGACGGCGAGCGCGCGGCUCUGCUAGAAGAGACGAUGCGUAUCGUUAGCGCGCUCGAGAAUCAAGGCGCAAAGGCACGGCCUGUGCUGGGCGCCGUCGUCCGCCUCGGACCGAAACCAGGGGAUGAAGACGCUGAGCAACGUGAUUUCGCAGUGCCGGAGGCCCAUACAUUCCCUUCAGACCUAGUCCACAUUCGCUCAGCGCUGCGGGCGGGAGAGAUCCCGGUUAUCCCGCCACUCGCGCUCGACUCAUUCUGUCGCACCGUACGUGUCGACGCGAAUGACGUUGUGGCAGCGCUUGCACGCGGCAUGGUCGAGGCUACAGAGGCGGACGGCCACAAGCGGGAUGCAACAUACGACGGCUACUCCGACGAGUUUGACCUAACGCCCUUGCGCCUCAUGAUCAUCAACAAGGAGGGCGGCGUGCCUUCGUACGCGCGUUCGGGCAUGCCCCACCUCUUAGUCAACCUGGACGCCGAGACCUCGUACAUCAGCGAAACCUUCGACCCCAGAUGGCGCGCCUCCCACCCGACCGCCCUCUCCAACCUGUCCCUCGCGCGCACAUGCCUCGCGUACAUGCCGCCCUCCUCGUCUGCCGUCAUGGUUUCGCACCGCUCGCCGAGCUCCCUCAUCGCGAACCUCAUCACGAACAAGCCCGCGGUCAGCUCGAGCCUCCCGCACGCGCUCUUGCAGGGCAACCGCAAGCUCACGCCGCACACGCCGACGCUCCUCCGCCGCGGCCUGCCCAUUCGCGUGCUGCGCUCUGUUGCGGAGAUCGACAAACCCAAGCUCAAGGCGCUCCUCGAGCAGUCCUUCAUGCGCACGCUCGACGAGGACCCCUUUUGGGCGCGCCUCGAGCGCCACCUCGACUAUGCGAUCGUCGCAGGCGACUACUCUGGGGCAGCCAUCGUCACGCGCGAGUUCGAGGAGCGCGAGGGCGCCACAUCGGGCACGCCCAUUGCCUACCUCGAUAAGUUUGCGGUGCUGCCGAGCCAUCAGGGCGAUGGCACCGUCGACUUCCUCUGGGUCGCGUUGCACGACGAGUCAUACGGGCUUGGCCUGCCAUUCUCUGCGAACCCGAACGGCGGGAAGCAGGGCGAGGGCGAGGGCUGCGACCUUGUCUGGCGCAGCCGCGCGGACAACCCCGUCAACAAGUGGUAUUUCGAGCGCAGCUCGGGCCACCUGCGGCUGGGCAAGUGGAUCAUGUUCUGGUGUGAUGCUGAGAAGCGGCUGAAGACGGUGGAAGGCCGCCGCGGGAGUGCAGGAUUGUCGAUUGUGGAAGAGUGGGAGCACGAUCGUCUGCCGAGGUGGGCGGACGUCAUUGAGAAGAUACCUUCAAGUUGGAAGCCAUGA